AUGAGCACCGCCCUUCUUCUUGUGGCGGAAACAGUUUGUCACUCUGCUUCUCUGUCACCAAGGUAUUCUACGUGCCACAUACUAUCCUCUGCAAAUCCUCGACUCUGGGUCUAUCCCGCUCGCACACCCCUCGCCACUCACUUUGGGAUCCGCCCGUCAUCCUCCAUGACCUCAGAAUCCUUCAAUUCGUCCCAAGAGGACGUCCGCGAACACCACCAACACCGGCCCAAUGCACAGACGGUAGAAGGCACGCCGUAUGCUGCUCGCGCUGCCGCCGGGGCAGCAGCCGCGCGGUCAUUCUUCCCGUUGGGGUACCGAGAAGGCUUCAGUCAAUGGUGGGCUCGUCUCCCUGCUGCCGCUGCCGAACAUAAGGUUCUUUCCCAUCUUCCGUAUUUGCAUCACCAGCCUCCUACCCACCUUCAAACCGGAAACACGGCAGACUAUCCCGACGGAGCCACCCCCCGCAGCCUUCAGGCCACAGAUCCAAACCAGCAAGGAGAGAUUACUACUAACUCUCUCGGGGAUCCAUAUGGUCCGCGACGAUGGCGGUCGAGUAUGGUAGAGCUCAGUGGCAAAGAUCGCGCACUCAAUGAGUUCUCGGUGGAGAGAGUCGGUGAGGAUGCGGACCAACAUCUGGUCAUGUUGCAUGGCUACGGUGCAGGGCUCGGCUUCUUUUACAAGAACUUCGAGCCACUAAGUCGAUUGAAGGGCUGGCAAUUGCAUGCAGUUGACAUGCUCGGCAUGGGCCGGAGCACUCGGCCACCAUUUAAAAUACAGGCAAAGGAGCGAGAAGCCGCCAUCCGAGAGGCCGAGGCUUGGUUUGUGGACGCGCUGGAAGAAUGGCGUGCCAAGCGCAAGAUUGAUCGGUUCACCUUGCUCGGCCACAGUCUCGGUGGGUAUAUGGCAGUCGCCUACGCGCUUAAAUACCCCGGGCAUCUGAACAAACUCAUCCUGGCGUCUCCUGUGGGUAUUCCGGAGGACCCAUACGCCGUCACCGCGGAUGUGCCCGAGCCUUCCGACUCAACCAUGGCCAACGAGUUCACCCAGGAUGAGCGUGAAAUCACCGCUUCGGCGGCUGUUCCGGGUACGGCGCCCAAGACUUCUGACGGUAGCUUCAUUACGGGGCGAAAUCCCGCACCGAACGUCGAGCACGCAAUUCAGCCGCCGCGACGAAAUCUGCCCAAGUGGUUUGCUUAUCUGUGGGAUUGCAAUAUCUCCCCCUUCAGUCUGGUGCGUUGGACUGGUCCGUUUGGGCCUCGUUUGGUAUCGGGGUGGACCUCACGCCGCUUUUCGCACCUCCCAGCCGAAGAGGCCAAAUCUCUCCACGAUUAUUCAUAUUCGAUAUUCAGCCUCCGCGGCAGCGGCGAAUAUGCCCUGGCGUAUAUCCUCGCACCCGGCGCAUUCGCUCGCAGUCCUCUCAUCCACCGCAUACACGGUGUUGGGCGGCAAAUGGUGCAGUCUAAUUCUCUCUCAAACUUGCCUCAUCCGGUUACUGCCGCCACUUCAUCCGUUGCUCCCCCCAAGCCUCCUGCAUCCACACUAUCAGAAGCCCCUGGCGCUGCUCAAACACCCGAGACGGAAGCUCCGGCUCAACGCGAAAAGGGUCUCCCCGUGGUUUUUAUGUACGGUGACCACGACUGGAUGGAUGUUGAAGGCGGUCACGCCGCAGCAGCCCGCCUCGAAGAAGAAAAACAGCGUGCUCUACAAAGGCAACGCCGCAAGAGCGGCGGAUCUGCCAAGGUCGUAGUCGUCAAGCGGGCUGGCCACCAUCUCUACCUGGACGGAUGGGAAGAGUUCAACCGUGUCGUCCUGGCUGAGAUGGAGGAGGUGGAUCGGCGGGAGAGGGGCCGCCAGCCUUGA